ACCUGGUUGUUUUUCCAUUUUGUAUGAUUUGUAUUGUUUGUAUUUUCCAUUUUGUAUGAAUUGUAAAUCUAAUCUGUAUAGUUUGUAUAUAUAGUGUGUAAAUCUAGUUUGUAUGUUUGUAUAGUUCGUCAUAUUUAUCCACCAUGAUAAUUUUCGGAGCACGUGUUAUAAUCUGAUGUACAUACGAGUAAUACCACAUGGUAUGAACUAGUAAGACAAGUGUCAAUUUUUUGUUCCAAAAUAUAUCAAAAUGGUUGUCAUUUUGAAAAGCACCAUUAAUAUGGUUUUUUAGUACAAAUUUUAACUUAAAACAAAGAAAUAUAGCCAUUUAAAAUUUAUUGAAAGAAAAUUAAUAACCUUCUAAAAACGAUAAAUACAAAAUUAUACAUAAUUAUUCACUCAUAAGUCAGAACUAAGUCAAGCCCUGAAUCGGCUCCUCAUCCUGAGGGCAACCAAAUGCAAACAAGACGAAAAGGAUAAGGGGAUACGGGCAAGACAUCAUCAUGAGUGCGGAUCCGGUGAUUGAGGGUGCUUAGUCACUUGACUAAGCCCCUCCCAGCCCUUAGAUCCGGACACAUAUCAAUCUGAUGGUUAAAAAGUGAGAAUGGCUAUUUAAUUAAUGACAGGGGUAGUUUGGGUAUUAUGGAAAAUUACGAAGUAUACAAACCAGACUUACAAUCAGUACAAACCAUACAAACAUACGAACAGUACAAACUAAAGCGACAAAACAUACAAACAGAUUUACAAACAUUACAACAUAUGAACUGUACAAAAAAUACAAACUAGACCGACAAACAAUACAAACCAUACAAAAUGAAAAAACAACCAGGUUGACUUUGGAGGCUUCAUCCCUAUAUAGAGGGGCUCCUUCCCAAAGUCAACCUGAGUGUUUUUUAGUCAUACAAACAGUAAGAACAUGGUGGACAAAAAUGACAAACUAGAUCGACAAUCCAUACGAACUGGAAAAAACACUCAGGUUGACUUUGGAGGCUCCAUCCCUAUAUAGAGAAGUUCCAUCCAAAAGUCAACCAGGUUGUUUUUUAGACAUAAAAACAUUACAAACAUGGUUGACAAAAAUGAUAAACAUGGUUCACAAAAAUAACAAAGUUUACAAACAUUACAAAAUAACAAAGCGUACAAACAUUACAAAGUAUGACAACAAACAUCACAAAGCACUGUUGCCGGAAAAUUCUUCUCCGUCGACGAUGGUAGUCGGGAAAAAAAAUUUCCAACCAAAAAAUCUCUCUCUCUCUCUCUGGGAUUGGGGGAAAGUUCCCCAGCAAAGGAAUACAAAUGGCCGGCCGGCGAGAGCAAUAAUAAUUCCCAUAACAAAAGUGACCAACAGCACCGACGAUGGAAUUCCCUGGCCGGCAAUGGCCGACGGGGAAAAAGAAGAAACGAGACGGGCGACAGGGAGAGAUGAGCCGGGAAAAUUAUUUAAUAAUUGAAAAUAAAAAUAAUCAUGCACUUACAGUUUUGCCCCUCAUUAAAGUAGAUUAAUAGUAGCCAUUAGAUUUUAAUGAGAUGAAAGGGUUGAGAUUCGCUUAGUCAUGUUACUAAGGACCCUCCUUAGUUGAGGGUCGGGAGCUGAAACAGAUCCUGAGUGACUACGAAAAAGAGUCGGGCCAAAUGAUCAGCUAUGAGAAGUCGGAAGUGACUUUGGGGGCGAGUGUGAAGCCCCAUCAGAGCCUCCAGGUGAGCUCGAUCCUGAACAUGAAGACUGUGGAAAAGCAUGAUAAGUAUUUGGGAUUAGCUACGGUGGCAGGCAGACCGAAGAAGGAAUUAUUCUCUACCAUCAAGGAAAGAGUGAGGAAGAAGCUUUCGGGAUGGAAGGAGAGGAAUAUGUCUGCAGCGGCAAGAGAGGUUUUGAUCAAAUCUGUCGCCCAGGCUCAAUUGACCUAUGCAAUGUCGGUGUUCCGCGUACUAGAGGGAGUUAUUGAUGAGGUACAUGGCAUGAUUAUGAGGUUCUGGUGGGGACAAAAAGGAACGGAAAAGAGAAUACCAUGGUUAGCGAGGGAGAAGCUUGUUUGUCCAAAGGCGGAGGGUGGUAUUGGUUUCCGAGACCUGCGGGGUUUCAACACUGCUCUGCUGGCUCUCUUAUUGUGAGGAUGAUGAAAGCAAAAUAUUAUAAGAAUGGGUCAGCACUUGAGGCAAAUGUCGGAUACCGACCAAGUUUUGUAUGGCGAAGUCUGAUGAGUGCGCAAGAGUUCUUAUGCAGUGGAUUGAGGUGGAGGAUUGGGAACGGGGAUUUGGUUCGUGUCUAGGAAAAUUGGUGGUUGCCGGAUGUCUCAGGCUUCUUCGUUCAGUCACCGCCGAUGGGGCUGCCGGUAGACUCGAAGGUUAGUGAGCUGAUUGAUGCGGAAACUGAGCAAUGAGAUGCAGCACUUGUUGAAAGUUGUUUUCCAGCGGCGAUGGCUGAGUCCAUCUUGCGCAUUCCAGUGUGAGGUAUUAGCGAGCCUGAUCGGCAGAUUUGGGCUUCGAGUAAAACAGGGAGCUAUGAAGUUAGGGAGGCUACUGUGUGUGGCUGAAGGAGUUCAUGUCUGAACGGGGUUACAGCCAGUAGGGGAGGCCAAUAUGUGGAACAAAAUUUGGUCAAUGAA